GUCGUCCGGAUAAAAAAUACCAUAACGACUUUUUCUUCGACACCGUUUGACCGUCAGUGUUUGUGUGAACGUCAAUUGGCGCUGAACGGUCGACAUGGCGGAGAACAGAGAGAAAACCACGGACCAGAUGAAGAUGUGGCAGCAGGGCAGAGCCCAGCAGAAGCCAGACACACUGACUACAGGAGCUGGUCAUCCUGUUGGAGACAAGAUGAACCUGCAGACUGCAGGACCUAGGGGCCCCCUGCUGGUCCAGGAUGUGGUCUUCACCGAUGAGAUGGCCCACUUUGACCGGGAGAGAAUCCCAGAGAGAGUGGUGCACGCCAAAGGUGCAGGGGCCUUUGGCUACUUGGAGGUGACUCAUGACAUUACCCGCUACUCUAAGGCCAAGGUGUUUGAGCAUGUCGGAAAGACGACACCUAUCGCUAUUCGCUUCUCCACUGUCGCUGGGGAGUCGGGAUCAGCAGAUACAGUGCGAGACCCCCGGGGCUUUGCUAUCAAGUUUUACACUGAGGAGGGCAACUGGGACCUGACAGGCAACAACACCCCAAUUUUCUUUAUCAGAGACGCCCUGCUGUUCCCGUCCUUCAUCCACUCCCAGAAGCGCAACCCCCAAACCCACAUGAAAGACCCUGACAUGGUGUGGGACUUCUGGAGCCUGAGGCCUGAGAGUCUGCAUCAGGUGACUUUCCUGUUCAGUGAUCGAGGUUUGCCUGAUGGCCAUCGUCACAUGAACGGCUACGGCUCCCACACCUUCAAACUGGUCAAUGCUGACGCAGAGGUUGUCUACUGCAAGUUCCACUUCAAGACUGAUCAAGGAAUUAAGAAUCUGUUGGUGGAGGAGGCAGACCGACUGGCAUCCACCAACCCAGAUUAUGCUAUUGGAGACCUGUUUAAUGCCAUCGCCAAUGGCAACUUCCCAUCCUGGACCUUCUACAUCCAGGUUAUGACCUUUGAGCAGGCGGAGAAGUUCGAGUUCAAUCCUUUCGAUCUUACUAAGGUUUGGUCGCAUAAAGAUUACCCCUUGAUCCCCGUGGGCAAAUUGGUUCUCAACAGGAACCCAGUCAACUACUUUGCAGAGGUGGAGCAGCUGGCCUUCGACCCCAGUAACAUGCCACCAGGCAUUGAAGCCAGCCCCGACAAGAUGCUGCAGGGUCGUCUCUUCUCUUACCCAGACACACACCGACAUCGGCUCGGAGCCAACUACCUGCAGAUCCCCGUCAACUGUCCCUUCAGGACACGUGUGGCCAACUACCAGCGUGAUGGUCCAAUGUGUAUGUUUGACAACCAAGGUGGCGCUCCAAACUACUAUCCCAACAGCUUCAGUGCCCCAGAGACCCAGCCUCACUGUGUGGAGUGCAAGUUUAAGGUGUCUCCAGAUGUGGACCGUUACAACAGUGACGACGAAGAUAAUGUUACACAGGUUCGCACCUUCUACACCCAGGUGCUGAAUGAAGAGGAGCGUCAGAGACUUUGCCAGAACAUGGCCGGGGCCCUGAAGGGAGCGCAGCACUUCAUCCAGAGCCGCAUGGUGGAGAACUUGAAGGCCGUCCAUCCAGACUAUGGAAACAGGGUUCAGACUCUUCUCAACAAGCACAAUGCAGAGGCUAAGAAGAACUCAGCUGUGCAUGUUUACAGCCGUCCAGGUGCCUCAGCUAUUGCUGCCGCCUCCAAGAUGUGAUGCCUUCGAUUUCUGUCAGAGAAUCAGCCCCGACUAAGAUCAAAUGCACUUAUGUGAUACCAACAGCUUUAACCAGUAACCAGAUUAGAUAUUACUUAACAUGAUUGAAAUGUAAACCUUGUAUUGUCAGAGUUGGAGUUAGUUUAUUUUUAGCUCAAUCUGAACAAAUAAUUUGUUUCAACAUUCUCAAAGCUGGCAAUAUUCAAGAGGCUCAUGAUUCUUUUUGAUUAAAACAUAGACAAUAGCUCAUUGUUUGUUUAUACCGCUUACCUUCUGCUACAGUAAGUGUUGAAAAUGAUUUAAAAAACAAUAUUUUAUUAUUAUGAAAUAAUUCCAACUGCUAUGAAGUAGUUUGAGUAAAGUUUGUUUCCAAUAAUUCCUCAGGUUGUGAUUUAACUACUAUGUUGUUUUUAUCAGAUUUCUCUUAAGGUAAAGUUGAAAGAAAACGGGUACAGCUGUCAACGCUCAAAUAACAUCUGUUAGGGGAAAAAGUCAUUGUCAUGUAAUUAACAUGAGAGCUACUUAAAUUCAGGAUUUGAGUUUUGAGCCUGUAAUUGUGAUUCAGGAUUUACCCAGACUUUGCAGACUGUGGCGUUUUAGUUUUCACUAUACGUAAAGAUGAGUUUUAAGCUUUUCCUGAUGAAAGAUUGAACCACCGACAACAAUUAAUUGCUAAAUUCAGAUCAGUAAAAAAGGCAGUAAGAAAUUCUCUAGAUGGUUGUUUCCCGGUGGGUGUCUCUACUGAAAUGGAAUUCUCCAAGAACAUACGUUUCCAGAUGACAUAUCUCCCCCAGCUAAAAAAACAAAACACUCUUCUGUGCCUUUUUUGUACAAGAACUGGAAUAUCAAGAGACUUUUAUCUGAAAUAAUCAGUUUUUCUGGUUUGGAUUUAAGACUAAAUGACUCCUUGUUCACAUGUAGAAAGAGAUAAUGUUUGAAGAUUUAAAUGGUCAGAUCUACAGGUUGUGAUACUUUAAAAUCUGAAAUGAAUAACAUUCAUGUAAUACUUUCUGUGGGUUUAAAUGGUAUAUUACAGAUGUGACACAUUGUUGUCACUGGAGAAGUAUACAUUUGUCAUGUUGGAGCAUGAUCACAACACUCUUAGCUAUUCAAACCAAAUGCAUCGCUAUCUAAUACGAAUUAUCCAUGUAACCAACUGUUGAUGUGUUGAUCUCAUCUGAAUGUCACUUUUUUUCUUCUUCAACUGAGAUGUAUUCUUGGUCUGUAUGAAUUAUUUUAUAAUCAAAAUUUAUCCGCAGCUUU